UAGGGGACGUUUGGUGGGGAGCACAAAACAACAAGAAGAAAAAAUACACAUAUUUUUUUUUAUUAACAGACAUUUUUUUAAUGCCGAAUAAAAGUGAAUCAGAGAACUUGAUUAGUCGAGCACAGCAACUUCAAUUUAAAACAUUUCAAUGAAAGAAACCUAUAAAUAAAAAUAACCAAGAAAAAUUUAAUAAAUAAAUGGUAAAAAUUGUGUGCGUGGUACAGAAACAAAUUAUUAAAAUAAAUUGCGAAAAAAGAAAUAUUAAAACGAAGUUACAAAAUAGUUUUACAGUUUUUUUUUAUAAAAUUCGCGGAAAUAUUGAGGGAAAAGAAUUUGGAGCAGAUUCAUUUACGGCAACAUAAAGAAACAAGAUUUACGUUUGUGUAAAAAAAAAAUAUAAGCAAAAAAAGAAAAAAUUGUGAUUAUUAUACAUAAAUUUUAAUUUGAAGAGCAAUUAAAAGUUUUAAAAAUUUGUAUUUAUUUAAAUUAUUAAUUUAACGCAAAAAAGUCGUGUCAAUUCAACUGCAACAAUGGAGGAUUUAGAUGCAUUACUAGCCGAUUUGCAAAAUAGUGUGCCUGGUCAUCAACCUCAACAGCAGCCUCACUAUACAACUACAAAUACAGUGACAUCGGUUCAACAACAACGUCAAGUACCGCAGCCACUACAUCAUCAACAUCAACAACAGCAACACAAUUAUAUUGAAUCUUCAUCUGGCUACGGCAGUCUUCGGGGCAAAGCUCCUCCACCAUCACAGCCUAUCUAUCAAGAGCAUUACUCAGAAACACGCACAUCAGUAUCGCCAUCUGCUGGGCCACCUCAUCAUUUGGGUGGUUAUAAUGGCAUCGGCAAUAACACUUCUAGUCAAUAUCAAAAUCAAGGAGCCAUACCUCGCCAACAAUACAAUGGUGGCACAAAUGUUGGUGGUAUGGGUCCAUCAGCCGCAUCAUUACAUCAGCAGCAAUUGAAUACGGCUAGUAAUUUGUCGGAAUUGGAUUCAUUGCUGCAAGACUUGAGCAGUGCCCGGUACAAUGGCAAUGGUUAUGAUAGAAAAGAUAAUUCAGGUCCAUCUGGUUUUCAUAGUACGCCAUCAUCUAAAUACAAUACUUACAAUAGUUAUGCUUCUGUCGAAGAACGUCCAACUGUAGAUAGUUUACUAAAUGAAAUGGAUAAUGCCUCUCUAUAUGCUGUACCCAAUGGAGCACGUACUAAAUCACCAACUCCUGGCCGUCAUGUCACCAUUACUGUACGUGAAACUAAAACCGAAAAUCUUGCUGGCCCUGAAGGACCAGUGAGACAAAUGGAAGAGAAAAUUGUUAAACAAAAGGACUCUUUUACACCAAAUAAUGCAGCCCAUCAAGCCUAUGCUUCAUCUGCAACUAAAGAAUUGGAUGAUUUAAUGGCUUCACUGUCGGAUCUUAAGGUGAACAACGGUUCGAAUCAUUAUCAUCAAACGAUAACUGAUUACGCUAAACCCAACAAGGGCACUUCACAUUUGACUCAGACUAUAACUGAGACAACAACUUCUACGCUCGUGGAAGAUAAUCAACCAGAUCAAUUGGAUUCUAUGCUCGGCAGUUUACAAGCCAAUAUGAAUCGUCAAGGUGUCAAUACUGUACAAAAGGGCUGCUGCAACGCCUGUGAGAAACCCAUUGUAGGACAAGUUAUUACCGCUUUGGGCAAGACCUGGCAUCCAGAGCACUUCACUUGCAAUCACUGCAACCAAGAAUUGGGCACACGCAACUUCUUUGAACGCGAUGGCUUCCCCUACUGUGAACCCGAUUACCACAAUCUCUUCAGUCCUCGCUGUGCCUACUGCAAUGGUGCCAUUUUGGAUAAAUGUGUAACUGCUUUGGAUAAGACCUGGCACACAGAGCAUUUCUUCUGUGCCCAGUGUGGCCAACAAUUCGGUGAAGAUGGCUUCCAUGAACGUGAUGGCAAACCCUAUUGCCGCAACGAUUACUUUGAAAUGUUUGCACCCAAGUGCAAUGGCUGCAAUCGUGCCAUUAUGGAAAAUUACAUUUCUGCCUUGAACUCUCAAUGGCAUCCCGAUUGCUUUGUCUGCAGGGAUUGCCGACAACCCUUCCAUGGCGGUUCAUUCUUCGAUCACGAAGGCUUGCCCUACUGUGAGACUCAUUACCAUGCCAAACGUGGUUCAUUGUGCGCUGGCUGUUCGAAACCCAUUACGGGUCGCUGUAUUACAGCCAUGUUUAAGAAAUUCCAUCCGGAACAUUUUGUCUGUGCCUUCUGUUUGAAACAAUUGAAUAAGGGCACAUUCAAGGAACAAAACGAUAAACCCUACUGCCACACUUGCUUCGAAAAGAUUUUUGGUUAACACGACUCCACAGAGCGAAAAAUGCCACACAUCUGGAAAACAACAAUUCUAAAGAAAUAAAAUUUUUUAAAAAAAAAGAUGUGUAAAUUUAAACAACAAAAAUGAUAUAUAUAUAUUUAUGUUACUCUGAAUUAAACAGGCACAAUACAAUUAAGGUUUUAUUAUGAUUUCUGUUAUUUGAAUCCUUAUAAAAAAAACACCAACAAACACAACACAGUAACAACAAUAAAAAAAACUACACUAAAGUGUAUUAUUUAACUUUUUAGAAUUUUAAGUUUAAAACAAAUGCAAAAAAAAAUCUAUAAAUAUUUACACAAUCACCCACAUAUUUUAGAAUGCCUUUUUUAUAACAUUGUAUGUAUGUUUGAUAAUCUGUGUAUCCUUUUUAGCCAGGAUAUUAACCCCUCAACUUCAACUAUUACUUGCUAAUCUUAUUAUUACAAUUAUUUUUAUACUGUAUUUUAUUUUUGUAAUUUUUCAAUGUUUUUUGUAAUUUGCCGUUAUAUUAAAGUUAAAUUUAGAAAGUUUCAUUUUAGUUUUGGUAAUUUUCUAUUCCAUUUUGUGCCAAUCAUUAUUAAGCAGAAUAUUUAGUUAUUUUUUUAAAUAAAAUUAUAUAUUUAAAUACAUAGUUCUCUUUUUUAAGGAUUUUUGUUAAUGAAACCAUUAUUUUUUUCUAUAGUUAAAAGUUUAUUAAAAGCCGCCUUCAAUAAGAUAUAUAUUUUUUUUUAAUUUUCUUCUAAAAUGAAUUGCAAUUUUUUAUAUAAAUUUUUUUAUGAAUUAAUUAUACAUAUAUUUUUUUAUUAUCACAAAAGAAAUGCAUUUUAUGCAAUAACAAAUUUGUUAAAAAACAACAUGAAAAAUUAUAGCUUUUCAAUUAUUAAUAUGUAAUUAAACUUUAAAAACGAUAAAUUGAACUAAUGACGAAUAAAUAAAUUUAAUAAUGACCGGAUUCAAAA